AUGUCGUCCAGCAGCGCAUCCAUGUUAGCACCAACGGCUUUGAGUGGCCCCAAGGCACCUUCACCUCUCGUGGCCAAAAUCACGUCUGUCCUAUCGAAGUCGUACUCGGACACAGAGUUCAGAGAUGCCUUGGCACUACUCGAUGAGCGAGAGGUUGUCAAUGAGCCAGAAACAAGACGCCAAGUGCGCUUGGAGUUGCAGAAAGAAGUUAUCGACAGCAACGCCGAUAUCAUCCGCGAGUUUGGCAAGGUUUCUGAGCAACUCCAGCGCAUCAAAGGCACAGUGGAUAAGCUGAACUCACGGUUCGAGACCGUCAAGCGAAACGUUGCGGCUGCGCAAGUCGAGACGCAGCCAGCACUACGCGAGGCUUCUUCACUCAUACAACAGCAAGAGCAGCUCCGGAAAAAACGGAUGUUGCUCGAUACCUUCACAACGCAUUUCUCACUGUCCGACGACGAGAUCGCCUCGUUAACGGUGACCAGUGAGCCGGCGGAUGACAAUUACUUUGCAGCACUGAGGAAGGCGAAAAAAAUCCGUGCCGAUUGCCACGUGCUGUUGGGUUUCGAGAGCCAGGCUUUGGGCCUGGAGCUCAUGGAUCAGACCUCCAAGCGCAUAGAUCUUGGUUAUCAAAAGCUGUACAAAUGGGUGCAGCGAGAGUUCAAGACCCUGAAUCUUGAAAACCCACAGAUGAAUCCGUCUAUCAGGCGCUCCUUGAGAGUUCUUGCAGAAAAGCCAACGCUAUUCCGAAAUUGCAUAGCGUUCUUCGCCGAAGCCCGAGAGAGAAUCCUGACAGAUGCGUUCCAUUCAGCUCUGGUUGGACCACCUUCACGUUCCACCGGUCCUUCAGCAAAACCUAUUGACAUGGUCGCACACGAUCCUUUGCGUUACGUGGGCGACAUGCUAGCCUGGAUACAUUCGGCUGCUGUCAGUGAACAUGAGGCGUUGGAAGUACUAUUCGUCUCGGAGGGCGAAGAACUCGCCAGAGGCCUGAAAACCGGGCGCGAUGCUGAAGUCUGGCGGCUAGUAGCCGAUGAUGACGAUCAAUCCGCCGAUUACAAUGCAUUGAGAGCACUCGAGGAUCUCAUCGACAGAGACAUCUCUGGUGCUGCCCGCGUUCUUCGUCAGAGAAUUGAGCAGGUCAUCCAGGGCAAUGAGGAUACGAUUGUAGCGUACAAACUGGCAAAUCUAGUGGGCUUCUACCGAAUAACAUUCGAGAAGCUUCUGGGCUCUGCAUCAACGCUCGUGGACACUAUGAGCAGCUUGCAAACAGAAGCCUUCCGCCAGUUCAAAGCCCUCGUCCGAGAGCACAUUGCAACCUUACAUGGGCAGUUCCAGCAAACCCCCUCAAAUCUCGAACCCCCGGCGUUUUUGCACGAAUGUUUGAAACAGCUGGACGCCUGUAUGCAUUCUUACGAUUCGUCUUUAGCGAUACCUGGGGACAGAAAGAGCGGGUUCGAUCCGCUGUUGGCUGAAGCUUUCGACCCAUUCAUGUCCGGAUGCGAGAACAUGGCUCGCUCUAUGCCAAAACUCAAUGCCUCGAUUUUCCUCAUCAACUGCUAUCUACUCGCAUUGUCGACGCUAGACGGAUUUGAUUUCACACAGGCAAGGGCGAACCAUAUCCACGAAGCGAUGGAUAAGGUGGCUGAGGAUCUCGCUGGGAACCAGCUGCAGUUUCUCCGCGACGCUUCGGGCCUUGAUGCUAUCCUUGAUGCUUUUCUGGGCGAGGCGAAGGAAUCAAACCCUAAUAUAGAUCCAGUCCAGUUGCGCGAGGCCAGCCAAAGCCUGGAUGAUUUCUUACCCUCUGCAUGGAUGGAUAGUCUGGAGAGGGUGCGACAUCUGCGAGAUUCUACUCUCGCACGCCAGAUCACUCAAGAUGCAGCUGAGGACUUCUGUCGCCAAUUUGAACAGCUGGAAGCAGCGAUUGAAAAGGCGGACAAGGACAGCAUGGGUGAGCGGGAAGGAGAUCAGCCCGGACCUCUCCGCUUGGCACUGCCACGAACUACCGCAGAACUGAGUGUUCUUCUGUCGUGA